UUGACAUCACUGGACGGGACUGUCAAACGAAAACGAUUCGAAACGUUUUCGCAAUGUUUUUUUCUCAUCGUUCGGUUCGGUCGGCAGGUGCGUGCGUGCGCGGCUGAAAUCCUCUUUGGAACCGUAGGAAACUGUCGACAGCACUGAAGAACGGUCCGCUGCUAACCUCGAAAGAUACUACAGCAUCAGCAGUACCAUGAAACUGGUUCCGUUUGUUUGGAGAUGCAGAGUGACUGCAGUGCAAGGAAGCCAUCAUCGAGCUGCUGCAGGAGUGUUUGCCGCAGCAAAACACCCCCAAUCAGCUUGGGUUUGGCCUUAUCGGUUUGCAGCUACCGGGGGAGUUCAACUACACGAUCAACUGCGCAUUUGCUGCUUGAUCAAGCCUUUGAGGCCAGCCCAUCUCCCCAGCCCAAGAGCGACUAUCGGCCCCGGCUGUAAAAUCCGUCAGGAUUUUCUCGAGUGUUUGGAAAGCGAAGCACUAACAUUUUCGAAAGAUGACCUUGAAUGUGGUCAGAAACUACAGGAGCAGCAUCAAAAACAGGCUCCGUUUGUUUGGAGCGCAGAGUGGCUGCAGUGCAAGGAAGCUAACAUCGAGUUGCUGCAGGAGUGUUUGCCUUGGAGGAUCUCUUGGGGGAACUGGACAUCACCAAGCAGCUGAAUGUGUUGACGAACUAUCGAGCACUUGGGCCACCGAGUCAUCAUCGGCAAGUGUUGGACUUGUUUGAGGAAAUUCGGCCGCUCAAAGUGGACUGCCGCGGGGGACAAUUGUGAAGAAAACUCCCUACCCGGUUUCCACAUUCUUCUACAAGUCAAGAGCAAAUCCGACUUCUUUAGGCUGCUUCUGCACAUCAUCGACGAAGCCUGUUCAUGACACCUUCAUACCAUCUCCGGACGCAAAAAUAUCGAGGAGAACUCCCUACAUGCGCUACAGAUCCCGUUUCACGGCUCUCAGGGGCUCUCAUUCACAGAUGGCGAAUUUUUGGUGUUUUAAGCAGCCGAUCAUCUGCCCCAUAGGGCAAAUCCUAUCAGAAUUUCGAACACCAUUUUUUUAUUAUUGUAUAUUAUGGCAUCCAAAAUUUAUUAAAAAUAUCCAUAGAAUUUUUUUUUGUUUUAUUUCCAAAAAUUUGGAAUCCGAAUAAAAAUAAACAUCAGGGCAAAAAAGCAACAAAAACAACAGGGCAAAGCGAUCGGAUUUUUUGUCCGAUUUCGAUAGGAAAACCAUCAGAUUUUUAUCGGAAAAACGUCAAAUUUUGGUAGAAAAUCUAAUCGACUUCGGUCC